AGCGCACAUCAUCGUCAACCGCCGUAGCGUUAAAGCUCAAGGGCGCGCGCGAGUUUGUUCCUUGACGGCGGAAACUCUUAAUUUUCUUUGGUCUGCUGUCAUCGGCACUUAACUAAACGUGAACUUUGUUAAAAUUUUAAGGUGACAAAAUGCGUUUCUCAUUCAUAUUGUUAAACAUGGUGAUGUUAUCGCAAGUGAACUGCCAGUUUUGGAAGUUUCCCCAAGACAUUUUCAAUAGCUUUUCGUGGCUACGACAAGGAAAAACGACCAACGAAAAAACGACCACCCAAUUGCCGACAACAACUUUAAUCGAAAAAACGAGAAAUGAACCUUCGACUAAACCUCCAAAAAUGACAAAAAUAACAAACCCUUAUAAAAUCAUUACCGUCACAGAAACCAUCCCUCCGAAAAUUGAAACUAAAUCAACAACAAAAAAACGCUUCCAAAAAACUAAGCCGCCGACAACCUUAACGCAAACGGCCACAGCAACCCCCAUUUGGACAACUGUCGUCUUAACCACUUUAUCGCCUACGACAAUUAGAAAAUCAAACCCGACAACCACAGGAACAACAGAGACAGAAAUGUCUACUAUACUGGAUACAACCACCCAGGAUGCGAUCGGAACCACCGAAGAGCCCAGGGAUAACCACCACGUGCACGACUUUUACCUUAGUAAGCGUGAAAAACCUCAGGUCAAAAUUGCAUCCAACAUUAGCCAGAACCUACUACCACUACCAGAAGGUGCGAGUGCAGCUCUCGUGAAACCUACGAAGUAUCAUUACUACCCCCAUAACCAGCACAUUUUCCUACUACCAGAAUGUGCAAUCCAACAGGUGUGCAACGCGGUAUACGUCCGAUUAAAUUGGACCCAACCAUUGUGUGCGUGCCCCUCAAGGUAUCGUGAUCCCUGCUCCGCCAGCCUCAACUCUGAUGAUCAACACACUACAGAAUUGAUGACGGAUCAAAAGAAGAGGGUGAGUAAUGGCAACGAUCAAGUCGUCGUCUUUUUACCAAACUAUUUUCAGCGUGCCCUAACUUUGGUAAAAACCUGCGAACCAACUGCAGAAAUGCGUAUCUGUCGCAAUCCCCGUGAUUGGUCCUUGCUCGCUUUACAAAAUAUAAGAACUGGAAAAUCUCACUACUUGGUAAUCUGCCGCUGUCCGGAUACCAGUACACUACAAGGACCCAUGUCGCAUGAUCAACCAACAUACGCUAGUGUUCCUGGUAUUAGAGUCUAUGGCAUGAUGUGCGUACAAGCACCAAAACGUCGAGCGAGAAUUAUAGAAGGUCAAAUUUCCGGCAACUUAGUUUUCCCUUGGGACAAAGUAAAAGAACUACUAAAAACAGCAGUGUGGGAUUGAAAAAUCCAGAGCGAACACAACACGUUCAAAAUUCCAACAUGUGAUAAAGAAUUUUUCUAGAUUAAGAAACAGUAAUCUGACAUAACGGCCGCAUAAUUAAAAUUCAAUUGUGGAUCCAAACGAGAGUUCACAGGUGAAUUCUGUGGUUUUGGAUCCUUUUACUUUCAACGAACAGUUUGCUGCGUAUCAGUUAGCAAUAGAACCUAGUAUACUUAGUAAAUCUUAGUAGCCAUAUUAAAAUUUAAACAAUUUCCUAGACGGAACGUUUAAUUUUUAAUAUGCCGUUGGGAUAUUUUCACUACCUUACUGACUAAACUAAGUUGUGAAAAUAUAGGUAUUUGGUAAAAAAAACAUGUACUUACCCUUGUGUAAAAUAUUUUUAUACUAUCGAUAACUGAUAGCAUAAGAAAUAGUAAUGUGCUUAAGUAUAACCUUAGCAAGUAAUCAAUCAUUUUGUACGUUCUCAUAUUACAGUAUUAGAAGUCGCAAUAAAAUUAGAAAGACUGCGCCCAACUGAUUUUCCACACUUCGACACAGUAGUUAGGUACGUGCCCUUGCAAAAA